UGAAUAUAUUUUAUCUUGACUUUGAGUGAAAAGCAAUUUUUUAACUUUUAAAAUAACAGAUUGGCAAUAUAUUGCUUCGAUAAAAUGAACCUAUCUUGGUUGUUCUUAUUUGCCUGCAUAUCCAUAUUAAAAACAUUUUCAAAAUCAACAUCAGACGAACAAUUAUCGUGCAGAAAAAAUGAAGAAGGCUUGUAUAUGUUUAAUACUGCUGCUGGGCCGAUCUCAUGCGCUUUUUGUUCGUGUAAUAGUGAUUUAAAACAAGAUGUUUCAUAUGAAAAAUGUGAAACAUGUUGCUGCGAAUACGUUAGCAAGACAAAAAUAAAUGACUUCAAGGAUUUUAAAGUAAAAGAUGAACGACAGUUAUCAAAAAUGAGAAAUUAUUUUUAUGGCUCACUAAGUUUUAUUGCUCUACUUUUAUUCGUACUUGCUUUAAUGUUUAUAUACCACAGAAAACAUUCUUAUAGUUCCCGUCCGCCUUACCAAGCAGAUGAAAAAGGAGAAUUUAUGAACGAAAUAAAAAUAGCCACCAACGUUUAAUAAAAUAUUUUUGUUUUUAUGAUAUAGUUUAUUUAUAGUGUGUGUAUAAAAUCCUUAUGUAGAUAUUUAUAAGAUAAUGUAUUUAAAUAUAUUUUUAAGAUCAUAGUAAA